AUGGCGAUAAACAUCGACGAAAUGUCGCAGAACGACGGGUACCUCCCGCUGGUAAACAAGACGUUUGUGCGACAAGAAGGUGUUCCAUACGUCCCUUUGGCCUCGAUAGUCGUGGUGCUGUUUGUCAGUAUUUUCGGCAACAGCUUCGUUAUCGCCGCUUUCUUCAGGGAUUCUCGUCUCAAGGUGAUAUUUAACUUGUUUGUUGUGCAUCUAGCCGCAGCGGAUAUUAUUUUAAGUGUCAUUGUUAUGCUGGUUGUCCUGGGUGAGCUGGCCCAGGUUUCACUGUUGGGGACAUGGACAGUUUUUUGUCAG